AUGGGACAGUUACUCAAGACGCCUCCCGAGGUCUUACUCCGCAUCGCGGGGUAUUUGCCCAAACAACGCGACUGUCUGGCGCUGUCUCUGGUUUCACGCAAAUUGCGUGGUGUUGGCGAGAAAUCCCUCUACGCUAAUAUUGUGCUUCGCCUCAAGCGCGAUGCAGCCACGGACAAUUUAGUAGAAUUGUUCCACCAUGCCAUCCAGGCAAACAAAGUCAGACACGACUGGGUUCGCAGCUUGUCCGUCAUCGCCCUUGGGCGUACCUUCACAUCGAGGGAGCGCAAGCUAAUCCACCGCAUUAUCCGCAUGCUCCCUCGACUCCUCAACUUCAGCUUCGAGUACCCAGCCGUGGAUUUCGUCGACGGGAACCCCUUCAACCUCCGACGCUGCUUCAGCUACUCCUCGCCACUCGCGUCGUCCCUUCGCACAUUCACGUGGCUUCACGCGGAAAUACUCGAUGAAAGCGCGUUUAUGACUUUCCUUCGCUACCACACCAACAUCAAGUAUCUUGCAUUCGACGAAGACGCGUUCGACGUGCCACAAAUGGACAGUCAAGUAUUGCCUAAUUUGGAAAGUCUUCGCGCGCCCAUCGACGCUGUCCUGCGGAUGCUCCCCAAACGACGAGUCCAGCGAAUCAAAACGGUCAUCAAUCGUAACACGCCCCCGUACUGGAAUACAAUGAGAGAAAAACACUUUGAAAGCAUCAGAGUCUUCUCGCCGACCAUCCACAGGAACGACGAUGCCGUGGCCCUGGGUUUGCUCGAAUCUCUGAUUCGAAGAAUGGUCAACCUGGAAUUCCUCGAUGUACAGGACGAGACGGUGAUCACGCCUUCGACACUCAAGAACACCGAUAUUAAGUUCCUCCGUCUGCGUAAUCUGCGCAACGAGUUCCUCAUCGAGUGGUUCUUUGAUGAACUGCCUUCGUUGCAAUGCAUCGAGAUUCAGUUCAACGGUAAACCUCCCAUGAAACGCGUUUCUGAGAGGUUCUACGGAGAUGGCAGACGGUCUCGCACCAUAUUGUGGGAGUGCAAGCCCAACGAGGAGUGGCUCCAUGAUUGGAGGGAUGUUGUGAUUGUAUAG